AUGAAUGAGUUACGGGAUCUCUGUCUUCAUGCAUUUCAAGCCGCUAUUGACGGUGCACAACCAUAUCAGCGUGUUCGUGACACUCUAUGCUUAACAAAUGGGUGUGUCAAAGUGGGACAGCGGAUUUAUCAAGUUAACCACAAUAUUCAUUUAGCUGCUUUCGGUAAGGCUGCGUUGGAUAUGGUACGUGGUGCGGAGGAUACAUUGGACGAUCAUAUCAUCGAAGGUAUUGCAAGCGUUCCAAGGGGCACACUCCAGAAAUUAAAAAACAUAAAUUUGCGAACGAAGUUCCUGGAAGGUGCAACAAAUAACUUACCGGAUGAGAAUGCUUGUAAUAAUGCUCGGCUGAUUGAAGAAAUGGCAGAGAGAUUGCAGACAUCAAAUGAUAUCUUUCUUGUAUUGGUUUCAGGUGGUGGUUCAGCUCUUCUCUCAGCUCCAAUUUCUUCUAUUUCACUUGAUGAUAAACGAAAAACUAUAAAUGCAAUGACUUCUCGUGGAGCUGAUAUUAAGCAAGUGAAUAUUGUUCGAAUAGCACUUUCACGACUGAAAGGUGGCAAAUUGGCCCAAAUAGCACAUCCUGCCAAAAUUUUAGCUAUUAUCGUUUCCGAUGUUGUUGGCGAUUCAUUGGAAUUUAUAGCCAGUGGUCCGACUGUUAUUUCUCCAGAUAAAUACGAUCCAGUUAUUAUUUUAAAGAGAUUGAAUGCUUGGGAUGCUAUACCCAGUUCAGUGCAGGCCGCUCUUAGCGAGCCUUAUAAAAUGAAUUCAGCUCACGAUAUUGAACAUAUUGAUGUUCAUAAUACGAUUGUUGCAAACAAUAAAAGUGCACUGUUAGGUGCCAGUGAGGUUUUAAGAAAAAAUGGCUAUCAAUGUCAUGUUGUAAACACUGCUGUUAUGGAAGACGCUAACUUAUUUGGAUUUCAACUUGCCAAUAUCAUUAAUGCAUUGAUAGCAGGAAAAUCAUUUUAUCAGGCAUUACAAUCUGCGAAUAUGAUAUCAAAUAAUACAGCACCAUAUGGAGAUAAAACUGCUCUGCUAUUUGGUGGUGAAUGUACGGUAACGGUAAAAGGAAGCGGUAAAGGUGGUCGCAAUCAACAAAUUGUUCUUGCUGCCCUUUCGAAACUGCUUGAGCAGUCGAAUUUCGGACAGGAAAAGGUGGAGUUCGCACUGAUGAGUGCUGGUACAGAUGGCCAAGAUGGACCAACAGAUGCAGCUGGAGCUGUUCUAACCAGUAAUGAUAUGCAAUACUUUCUUGAAGUGGGAUCGCAAUGGAAAAAAACAGUGAUUGAUGAAUAUAUAGAUAAUAAUGAUUCUUAUAAUUUCUGGAAGAAAUUUAAUAAUGGAAAAUCGCACAUCAUUUUCGGACCUACCGGGACAAAUGUGAUGGAUGUUCAAGUAUUAUUACUCAAUACGAAAUAA